AUGGCAAAAAGGAAUGAAGAUGGCGAGAUGACCCAUUUUCAUAAUUACAUGAAAAAUGAGGAUCGGGUUAUUCAAAACGAAAACGAAAUCAGAGAAAAAGUGAUAGAGUUCAUGGACGAAGUCAACAACAGAAUUGAGAAUUAUAUCGAAAACGGACCGGAGAUAAUAUUUGAAGAAGUUGAAACAGCCGAAGUAAACGAGUCAAAUUAUGAACCACUCAGUUGUUGGAACAUACAUGCCACUUCCCAAAAAGAUCCGAGACAAGAAAGCAAUCAUCAACUUGCAGAAUAAAAGAGAUAAUGAAUGCCUGAAAUGGUCAAUCCGAGCGGGAUUGUUCAAUACACCAAAGGGAAAAAAUCCAUACAGAACGACUAGCUAUCUCACAUAAGAUGGGAUCAAUUAUUCAGGAAUUGCUUUUUUAACCCUUUUAAGAGACCUUCACAAGCUUGAAGCGCAAAAUUAAAAUAUUGCGCUCAAUGUUUUUGGUUGGAACGGAAGAGUUACUGUGUACAGAACGAGUCAAAAAUUCCCGGAAGGAGUUCCUUGGAUCAACUUAAUGAUGACCACAUCUGGAGAUACUUAGCACUUUUCCUUCAUGAAAAGCGCUUUGAGCUUUGCUUUGAGCGCCUUGUUGUACUACCAAACGAAGCAUAUAGGAAGAAAACACUUCUGCCUGCAUGCGGUGCUUGUCAAGCUUCACAACACAAGAAAUACUGCAAAAGCACGAUUAGGUCUGCACAGGUCUAAACAGCAGGCCAACGCGAACAGAAAUGCCCAGAGAGGGUGAAAACCACGUUUUCUUUCAAAACGUGGGCAACCAGCUCAAAGUCCCAUUUAUUAUUUAUGCCGACCUCGAGGCAAUAAUUGAGAAAAUAAAAAGCUCCAAAGGAAACCUACAAAAGAGUUACACUGUGUAAACAAGCCAGCUCACCGCAUGUAGUUAUGCGUACAAGGUGGUGAAAAGCGAUGGAGAAGCCUGGGAAACAAAAUUCUACCGUGGGGUAAACGCUUUGGAAGAGUUUCUAAAGGCGCUUUUGCAGAAGUAGGAAAGGAUCAGAGAAGAAUUGAGAAACGUUGUUCCUACAAAAAUGGAGCAAGAUGAUUGGAAAGAUUACAACAUUGCAACCAAUUGCCGCAUCUGUGAAAAGCCCCUGGUGGUUGAAUCCUUUUUGGACUCCAUAUCUGUUUUCUACACGUCCAACACGGGGGAGUACAGCCAACAGGCACACACAAAAAAAUGGCAUUUCAAAGACACAUUUAUCGGGCACUAAUUUCAACGCAAACCACUCGACAAAGUGGAUAAGUGGAUCAAAGACAAUCAAGAUCCAUACUACUUCAAAUCACCACACGCGAGAGAAGGCGACACGCGGCGGGGAAAGAGAAAAAUGAGGGACUACAGACAAAGCCUAAGCUUUUGAACUAAUGCGUUGCUCUCACAAAGCAAAACUCUGAUUGGCUUGUCCAUGGAAAUCUGUCAACAUCUGUCAAAAACGCGCCAGCCGCUAUCAACAAUCGACAUAAUCACAAUUUACAGAACAAAUAACUAGAGUGGCUCUUGUAGAAGCAACUAAGCAGAAAGCCAUCCCGGCAACUGAUGAAAAAGAGGUCAAAGAAAGUGCUCAUGCAUCAGAGGGCCAAAACAAUAACCACAGAAAAUUAAUAUGCGUGUCACGACCUCUCAGUAUGAAAUAAGCGGCGAAAAUCACAUUUGCUCAGUCAAAGCGUUUUCCUCCAGAGCAUAAUCUACCCGUCAGAGAAAAAAAUUCAUUGGAACAAGCAGCAUUUUGGCAUGAGUGAAAGUCGUGUGUUGCCUACACUAUAAAGUUCUUCACGCGAAACAACCGUGGAGAAAAUUAGUAUCUGGGUUUUCUUUUGCUUGCAAUAAAUAUCCCCCGCAGUCUACCGAUGACAAGAGCAAUGACAGCUCAAUAAGGGAAGGAAUUCCAUUGGAUGCGCUUAAUUGAUCUGGAAGGGGAUACGAACUUCACACUCCAAAAUCAGUCGGCCGUGAAGGGUCAAAAGCUUGGGCUUUGUCUGUAGUCCCUCAUUUUUCUCUCUCCCCCGCCGCGUGUCGCCUUUUCUCGCGUUUCGCUCGCUCUACUAUCCCUGAGGAAAAAUGGGGGACUACUCGUAGUCUAAAAGGAUGCUUUCAUGCACACCGAAGAAUUAGCAAGACAUGAAGAACAUCGAGACAUGCUUCGUCAGAAGGGGUUUAUCCGUACGAGUACAUUGAUAGUUGGGCAAGGUUGAAGAAACCCAACUGUCCCCACAAUCUCAAUUUACAGCUCGCUGAAUGAUGAGCACAUCACGCAAGGACAAAACAAACAUGUAAAGAAAGUGUGGAAAGCUUUUGGGUGUGAAAUCCUGGGAGAUUACCACGAUCUUUACCUGAAAACGGACGCCUGCUCGUUGGCGGACGUUUUCGAAAACUUGACAAGCCUAUGCUUGAAACAGUAUGGGCUGGAUCCGGAUCUGGAUCUGGAGCUGUUGACAGAUGUGGACGUGCAUCUGUUCAUCGAGCAAGGUACACGAGGCGGAAUCUCGAUGGUGAGCAAGCGCUUUGCAAAAGCCAACAACGCGUAUGUGAAAGAUUAUGACCCAAACAAACCAAACAAUUACAUUUCAUAUCUUGACGCAAAUAACUACUGUUGGGCCAUGAAGCCAUGUGUAAACCACUUCGAAAGGAUAAUUUUGCAUGGAACAAAGUGUUACCUAACGGAAAAGCCAAUCCUCGCCAUAAAGGAAGAAGCAAAGCGAGGAUUGAUUCUCGAGGUGGAUUUGGAGUAUCCAUUGUGA